AUGAAAGAAAGUCAACCUAUUCCUGCAAUUGCGGUCAAGACGGGUUCAUACCGGAGUACGCCACUCGUGGUCAGAGGAGAGCCCGGAGGGAAGGAAAAGGGAGAUAGGUGUGAUAGGAGGGCACGGUUAAACAGAUGUUAUGGAGGGUUUCAAAUCGGUGCUGGAACUGCUACAAUUGCUUUAGCUGGAGCAGCAGUCGGAAUUGGAAAGAUAUUCAGUUCGUUGAUCCAUUCAGUAGCACGGAGUCCGGAAUUGGAUACUAAAUUGUUUGGUUAUGCCAUUUUAGGCUUUGCUCUCACGGAAGCCAUUGCCUUGUUUGCUCUUAUGAUGGCCUUUCUGAUCUUCUUCGUAUUCUGA